CCGGCAAAGCCCGUCUAGCUGAUGGUCCCUGGGAUAAUGCCGCUGUCCUGCUGCAGAGCCGGUGGAGCCAUGCCCAAGAAGGAUGACAACACUAAAAAGCCAUCAUCAGAGAUGGUGCCGGACAAGCGCUGGAAACUACAAGUUUUCUACCUCUGCUUCUAUGGCUUCAUGACGCAGAUCCGUCCCGGGGAGAGCUUCAUCACCCCUUAUCUCCUGGGGGCUGACAAGAACUUCACACAGGCAGAGGUGAGCUGCCAGCAGCCUGCCCCCACCUCCCGGUGUCCCGUUUUCUGGACACAAUACCUGCGCUACAAGCCGGUGCUGGUGCUGCAGAGCCUGAGCCACAUCUCCAUCUGGCUGCUGCUGGUGUUGGGCACCUCUGUCCUGGCCAUGCAGCUGAUGGAGUUCUUCUACAGUGUCACCAUGGCUGCCCGCAUCGCCUAUUCCUCCUACAUCUUCUCCCUCGUCGCCCCAUCCCGCUACCAGCGUAUGGCCAGCUACUCCCGCUCUGCUGUCCUCCUGGGUGUCUUCACCAGCUCGGUGCUGGGCCAGCUCUGUGUCACCCUGGGUAGUGUCUCCUUCCUCACCCUCAACUACGUCUCAUUGGGCUUUGUCAGCUUCGGCCUUGUCCUUGCCCUCUUCCUUGAGCGGCCCCGGCGCAGCCUCUUCUUCAACCGGCCCGAGGGGGCUAGUGAUGGGGCUGCACCCGCCGAGCUGGACAAGAUGGCUGGGGGGGAUGGUGGUGGGGGGACACAGGGCUGGCAGGAGGCGGCGCUGUGCCGUAUGCUGCGGGAAGUAGGAGCAUUGGCUGAGCAACCCCAGCUCCGGCUCUGGUGCUUGUGGUGGGUCUUCAACUCGGCCGGUUACUACCUGAUGCUGUACUACGUGCAUAUCCUCUGGAACGAGAUCUACCCCACCGUGGACAACCGCCGGGUAUACAACGGAGGGGUGGACGCCGCCUCCACGCUGCUGGGGGCAGGUGCCUCCUUCGCCGCUGGCUACGUGAAGAUCCGCUGGACGCUGUGGUCAGAGCUGGUGAUCGGGAUGGUGACAGCUUUCCAGGCAGGGCUGCUCCUGCUCAUGAACACCACCAGCAACAUCUGGCUAUGCUACACUGCCUAUGUCCUCUUCCGUGGCUCCCACCAGUUCCUGGUGCCCAUUGCCAUUUUCCAGAUUGCUGCCUCCCUCUCCAAAGAGCUCUGCGCGCUGGUCUUUGGAGUCAACACCUUCUGCGCCACUGUGCUGAAGACCAUCAUCACCAUCAUUGUGGCUGACAAGAGGGGCUUGGGCUUGCCUGUACAUCCACAGUUUUACGUGUAUUUUGGCUACUUCACACUGCUGGUGGUGGUCUACCUGCUAGCGGCUUCUCCUGUCCCGCUGCCGGUCUUCGGCACCAGCCUGUUGAGGACGUAA